ACGCUACGCGAGCAUUUCUCAUCGCUCUUUCCACCUUACACCCUUCCGACCCACCAGUUCUUAAAGCCGCACUCGCGCGAGGACUGCGCGUGCUGACGGUUGCGCUCGCCGAUGUUGUCGGGCCCGCAGAGUGGGGGUUGCAAGCACACAUGCCAGACAUGCAAGGCGAUGCAAAAGAUACCCUGGACACUCUAUUCCAAGUCGAUGCCUUGGAUGUGUACCUUCCCCUACUGUGCGACUCGUCGGCGCAGGUGUGCGCAUCUAUAGCGCAGCUCCUCGCAAACUCCCUUCGGCUGCAGGUGUACAGGACAUCGGUGUCCGAGUGGUUGCCUCUCUCGGAACGGCACAAGGAGGUCAAGGGGAAGCGCGGCUGGGAGAAGGCAGACAACCAAAAAUCUCCUAGUCGGUCUGGAGGAUGGGCAGCUCGACAGCUUUCCUUGUUACUGCACCGUAAAGAUGUCAAGCUUCAAGAAGCUGCAUUAUUCGCUCUUGCUGCACUAUCAAAAGACAACCCUGCUGUGGCAAUGAAGCUGGCGCGAACAGCUCCAGACCAGGCCCCUGUACUAUCCACAGUACUGUCAAUGUGCAAAUCCCGCGUAAUAGAUCAGCAAGUCGCAGCCUGUCUUUGUGCGACAAAUAUUAUUCGAGCCGGAUUCAGCCCUCAGUAUCUGCAUAUGGACCACUCGUCUCCUAUGACAGUCACGCAUGUUGUCAACAGCUUGAUCUCCUCUGAGAUGGAGAAGCCGAUCACUCGGACCAAGGCCUGCUAUAUCAUGUAUUACCUCGUGUGCGACGACAAGGACCUCUGUCAGCUCGCCUUCGACCGCGGUUCUCUAACCAAGCUAGCUAAUCUCGUCAGGUCUAUCACUCCAAGCGAACCUGCGCCAGGCUGGGACGAAGACGAACCAGAAAGCAUCGCACGACUCCGCGAGGCAGCUCUCACAGCCAUUGCAGCCAUUGCGCUCUUUGAGGACGACAUCCGCAGUGAGGUGACAGACACACUGCGGAUGAUACCCCAUAUCCAGAUAUCGUUGGCGCACCAUCACCCUGCUGUGCGGUAUGCCGCGUGUCAGUGCGUUCGCUCCCUCAGCCGUGCAGUCUCAGUCCUACGAACAAGCAUUGUCGACUCUGGGCUCGGGCUCUCUGUAUACCAGGUGUUCUGCAAGGAAGACGAAGAUCCGAGGGUAAGGCACGCAGCAAGCUCGGUGAUAUGUAACCUUGUUACAGACUUUUCUCCUAUGAAGGAGACUCUUCUAAGCCAAGGUGUCAUAGAGCGUUGUGUGAAGCUUCUGGACACUCCCGAGCAAGCGCUGGCACUAAACGCAUUGUGGACUUUCAAGAACCUCUUGUACAAGAGUAAUACUGAUCUCAAGCGGCAAGUGAUGGAAGCGUUAGGCUGGAGGACGCUGCAGCGGCUCUUAACGCAUGAAAGCCCAGACUUCCAAGAGCACGCCUUCCAUGUCGCGAGGAAUAUCGCGGACAACGAGGCGGGGAUAGAGAUGGUCUUCGAAGGCCUUGGGCCUAGUGUUCUGUUAAGUACUGUGAGCCAGGGCUUAGAUUCGGAGCACGACGACGUUCUGCGACAGGCCGCAUUCCUCCUCGGGAAUCUCGCGAACAGCCCGAAGCACCAACGCGACAUCCUAUCGCACCCACGCAUACUUAUCUCCUUGCGUCAAUGCCUCAUCGACGCAAAAGUGGACGUCCGCCGGCCGGCCGUCGCGUGCGUGCGCGAGCUCAUCCGCGCGAACCCUCACAGCUACCGCGAGCUGCACGACGCCGGGAUCGACACGACGCUCCGGCACAUGUGCGAUUACGGUGGAGGGCUGGCUGCGGCGAGCCCGAUGGCGUCCGCUUUCUCGAUGGGUGUUGAGGAGGACAGCGAAGUGCGCGAGAAGGCGCGCGAAGCGCUGAGAUGGCUCGAGCGGAGUGGGGAGAUGGGUAUGUGAUCUGUGGGCCUGUAUCAUGUACUUCAUGGACCGAUUUACUGUGCAACCCUUGUAUAUCUGCAAUGCAUGG